AUGACUCCACAUUCCGAGGUGACCGUCACUGCGACCGAAGAAGUCAAGCGGCAAAAUAACUUUUUAUCACUACCCCCCUUCACGUCCCCCUGUUAUAAGCCUAAUGGGGGGCAAGCGAGAUGUCGCUGCUAUAACGCUGCAGAUGUGGCUGCUAAUACUGCAGAUGUGGCUGCUAAUGCUGCAGACGUAGCUGCUAACGCUGCAGACAUGGCUGCUAACGCUGCAGAUGUGGCUGCUAAUACUGCAGAUGUGGCUGCUAAUGCUGCAGAUGUGGCUGCUAAUGCUGCAGACGUGGCUGCUAACGCUGCAGACGUGGCUGCUAACGCUGCAGAUGUGGCUGCUGGUGACGUUACAGCUGCUGGUGAUGCUACAGCUGCAGAUGUGGCUGCUAUUGCUGCAGAUGUGGCUGCUGAAGCUUAUCUGCAUAAUGAUGAGGCGGACACCGAUGCAAGCCCUACAGCCCCAGCCCUCACAGCCCUAUCCCUGCCCAGCCCUCACUCCCACAGCACUCACACCCACAGCCCUCACACCCACAGCCCUCACAGCCCCAGCACUCAAACCCACAGCACUCACACCCACAGCACUCACACCCACAGCACUCACACCCACAGCACUCACACCUACAGCACUCACACCCACAGCCCUCACUCCCACAGCACUCACACCCACAGCCCUCACUCCCACAGCACUCACACCCACAGCCCUCACUCCCACAGCCCUCACUCCCACAGCACUCACACCCACAGCUCUCACUCCCACAGCACUCACACCCACAGCACUCUCACCCACAGCACUCACACCCACAGCCCUCACACCCACAGCCCUCACAGUACCAAGGCGCUAUAA